AUGCUAGGACUAGUUAGCCGGGUCUUCAAGUCUCUGAUCAAAUCUUCACCACAAAGACAGCUCUGUAAGAGCACCAAAAUCGGCAAAAUAGCUUCUCAGCUCCGCAUUCAGUCUAUACUCUCGCCUACAGACCCAGAAGGUGACAAAGGAUCCAACGCAUCUCCAAAGGCUUCAACAACCUCAAAAAGGAAACUCGAAGAAUUAUCCUCGGCCCAAGAGGGCACGUCACCGGCAUCAAUCUGGCAUGCUCAAUACGACGAGCAUUCUAGACCUGAUGCCGGUGAGGAUAACUCUGCUGGUCGGCUCACACCAGCCACCUCUGAUGAGAAAGCUGGAAGGAGGGGAUCACGAAUAAAACAACCUAUUCGAUCUAGCAUUGCUUGUCUGAGAUGCCGAAGAUCGAAGAUCAAGUGUGAUAAUGAUGGAGGCAAUAGCCCGUGCGACAUGUGUGUUAAAGGAGGACAUCAGUGCCAAUAUCCAGAAGCAGUUCCACCACCACCAAAACGAAAUAACUCCCCUACAACAGGGAAGCUCGAGAAGGAACCACAACAGGAGAAGAAAAGAACGAGGAAAGCAGAUGAUAUAUCAAAAUGGGGCAGUGAAAGAUCAGCCGUAUACGCAGCCGAAGUUCUCGCAUACCCCUUUUUAACGACGGAACUAUGGGAUCAGUUGCUCAACAUUUACAAACUACACUAUGCCACAGAGUUACCCUUCCUUCACUUGCCAUCUCUCAAGGAGAAGAUGAGCAGUGGAUCAGGUCAAGGGAAAGAGGACUCAUCAGAGCUGAACUUGGUCUUGCUUGGUAUCCUGAUGCUUACAGUACGUUUUCAUCCCGAUCUGGUACGGUAUGUGACGCAUUUACCAAAUCAACAUGGCGCAAAUAACCGAUCGUCCGCCUCAAAACCCAAGCCUGGACCGUUACACGCCUCGAAUUUCUUCGCUACUGCACUCACAACAGCUCUGGGCCCCCUCAGGACAGUCAUGGAUACUCUCACGGUCGAAAGAGUACAAUCUUUCCUGAUGCUUGGGUUAUUCGAGUGGAGCCAAGAGAAUAACUCCAGUGCUUGGAUGUGUCUUGGAAUAGCCAUUCGCAUGGCUAAGCUGAUGAGGCUAGAGCAAGAUGACCGACGAAUGGCUAUACUGGAAAACCAAGCACCCGACACAAACCGAUUCGAGAGGAAAUCGCCAGAGAUUGCGAUAAUAAGAGAGACGCGGAGACGGACGAUGUACAGCUGCUUCAUUCUAGAUCGUUUGAUGAGCUGUGGGGGCGAGCGACCGCUAAGCAUUGCAGUUGAGAGCAUGUCGAUCCAGUUGCCAUGUUCUGAAAUGGCCUUUGAUCUGUCUCUACAAGUCUACACUGGACUAUUGCAACCACACGAAGGAUCAAAUCAGCAAAAGAUCAACGAUGAUAGCACGUUAAGCCGAUUUGUCAAGCUGAUUGAGAUAUGGGGCGAGAUUUCGAAAUACAGCUCGAUGGGUGGCCGAUCACAAGAAGCACAUCCUCCAUGGGACCCUAAAUCGACUUUCUACAAGUUACGAGAGAAGAUAAUUGCGUUCGACAGAGAUCUCCCAGACACCUUCACACUAUCUCGACAGAAUUACUACCGACAUGAUAAUCACCAGGCUACCAACACCUAUGUGUCGCUGCAUAUGCUGGCCUCAGUUUGUCAUAUUGUUCUCAACCGAGAAUAUCUUCCGUUUCUACCCCUGCGAUGCCCCGGGCCUCAUGGAUCCCCCAUAGUCAACCAAACUAUACUCAACUUUGCGCCAGAUCGAUUCUGGGAAGAUAGCGCACAAGACGUCUUUCAGUCAUCUCGCAACAUCAUCGAUUUGGUUGGCCUCAGCAAAGAAAAGCUUCCUUUGUCCUCGCUGUCGAUAUUCUCCAUCUGGCUCGCUGGGUUCAUGUCUAUAUACGUUCACCACUUCCCACAGAUGGAUGCGAGCCAUCGAUUGGGGAGUGAACAGGCUGAGAGUCCUCAUAUGGGAGAGAAUUUGAGUAUACUCGAACAGGGGCAGGCUGGGACAGCAUGUCAGGCAUUACGAAGAGCUGCAACUUACUUACCCAGCGCGCAAAGAUGCCUGGAUAACUUUGAGGCGGUAGACCGAUGUUUUACACAAGCAAAGAACUCGAUGCAGGGAUCGCUGAGUCUUAGGUUUGGCGGAGUUGGCCACGGGAGUGAGUUCAACCAGACAGGAUCGCAAGAUAAACAGCGAGGAGGAGGAUUCGAUAUGCAUCGCAAAAGUUCAAGUCCUAGGUCAGUGUCUCCGAAGAUGAGAAACUCGCCCUGGCCCACGCUGGAAGAACGCUCCAAGCCCAACUCAUCAACGUCAAAGAGCCAACUCUCGCUGCCUGGGAUUGAUGAAGGACUUUUAGCAGUGGACACACCGAAGCUCGUAUUGGGCAAUAUUGAGACCUUGGAGUCGGGAAGGAUGAGUCGGAUACUGAAUGAUUUGGAAGGCUUCUCGGGUGCAGGUUCUUUGAGAGUUGCCUUUUCGCAAUAG